AUGACCGGCCAGCCGGUGAUCCCGGUGAUCGUGAUCGAGGAUGCGGGCAAGGCGGUUCCGCUGGCGCGGGCGCUGGCCGCCGGCGGGCUUCCGGCGGUCGAGAUCACGCUGCGCACCGAGGCUGCGCUCGAUGCGAUCGAGGCGAUCGCGUCCGAGGUUCCCGAAGCGGUUGUCGGCGCCGGUACGGCGCUGAACGCCAAGCAGUAUGAGGCGUGUCGGGCGGCCGGCGCGCGCUUUGUCGUCUCGCCGGGUUUCACGCCGGAGCUUGCCGAAGCGGCGGACGGCGCCAACGUGCCGCUCCUGCCGGGAUGCGUGACGUCCAGCGAGAUCAUGGCGGCGCUCGAAGAGGGCUACACCCAUCUGAAGUUCUUUCCGGCCGGACAGGCGGGCGGCGUUGCCUAUCUGAAGGCGCUCGCCUCGCCCUUUUCCGCCGUCCGGUUCUGCCCGACGGGCGGCGUGUCGCCCGACAAUGCCGGCGAUUAUCUGGAUCUGCCGAACGUUGUGUGCGUCGGCGGCUCGUGGGUGGCGCCCAAGGAGGCCGUCGCGAGCGGCGACUGGGACCGCAUCACGGCCCUCGCCAAAGAGGCGGCCGGGCUGGGGUAA